AUGGGCUGGUUCUGGUCCAACAAAUCGGCCGAUGAGAAGGCAUCGUCAUCUCAGGCCUCACCUUUGCCUUCACAGCCUGACGCAGCGUCGUCAUCACUGCCAUCGCCACCGGCGGCUUCGCCAGAGAAGCCACCGACGGCAAACCCAGUCAAUGACGGCAACCCAGAAAACGACCCGGAAUUGCGCAAGCUCAUGGCCAUGUUCGAGAGCGGCGAGUUCGGGCUGGAGGAUCCCGGAAAGACGGCAAAUUCAUCGCUAUCAGCAACAGGAGCAGCACCCUCCAAACUCGCAUCAUGGAAGGCUGCCUGGUCGGCGUCGUCAGCGGGAGAGGCCUCUUCCCCCGUGGCCGAAGGCGAGGAGCCCUUUGAGCCCCGCGAGCGGUCCCUUGGCGAAGCCGUCCUGCCCGUGCACAUGUCCUGCCGACAGGCGUUUGACCUAGCCUGGGCAUGCCAGUCACCUGCGGGUCAGUGGCGCGCCGUGUACCGACAUGGUUCCGUUCGGCAGUGCAGCGACCUAUGGGACGACUUUUGGUUCUGCAUGCGUGUCAAGGGAUACGCCGAGGGUCCGAUGAAGGAAGAGACCGUGCGCAGCUACUACCGCAAGAAGGAGAUUGACCGGUACUAUCUGCCGGGUAAGCCGUCGAGUGAGGACGUGUGGCGCAGCCGGACCGUCGAUGAGGUGUUGCCACCAGGAGCCGUGUUCCAAAACGACUUUAACGUUGUUGUGGGCGGCAAUGGCGGUGAUAGCGGUCAGAAGCAGCAGACAGACGCACCGGUUGAUGACAACGGCCGCGAGGAUGCCAGCAAGAUUUUGGCCGAUGCAGAACGGCGCCGGCGUAUCCGGGAGCAGAUGGGCUACAACAAGUGA